CCUAACCUUUUCUUAUCAAAUCUUGAUAUUUUUAUAUUUACAAUAUUCCCGUACUGAAACAACACAACAUUAUGCCAAAAGUGGAAACAUGGAAUGGCCAGUUUAUAAAGGAUGAGCCAAUAGACGAGCAGACGAGCCUGAAAAGGACUCAGCAGUGGAUCAUGUCAUUUUUAAACUCCUUAGUAGGUCGUAUAAAAGACACUUUUGCAGAGUUUGAUAUGACGCGAAUGUUUAAAAUCCUCGAAUCAAUCAUCACUUUUAAUAGCCCCGGUGAAUAUCACUCGAAGCACUGUAAAAAUUGUCAACAUUAUUCUAACAACCAUUCGCAUCACCGGCAUUGCUAUAGCUGCAAGCGAAAUUACGAAAAAGCACUGAAGAAUAGAAAAAUUAUACUAAAUAAAAAAUGUGCAUUUUCUUGUCAGGGCAGAAAAGCAGAUUGUAUAUGUAAUAGCAAAAGAAAUCAAGGUUGCUGUCGUAAUUAUCAGAACUUUAUCACACAAGACUUUUGUCAGAGAAUUGACAAGAUUCCUUCUUGUUCGGAUGAGCACUGCCACGGGAUGAAUCGGUCGACCGAUCUAUCGACGAGGAGCUCGACGAGCGCCGCGCUCAAGGCCUGCGCAAUAAUAAACGCGGUGGCAUCCGGUCGGCCGAAGCGGCGGCGGAACGAGUGGAGCGACAGACCGACCACGAGAUGACGAGGUCGAACCACGCGACCGUCUCGUCCAUACGCAACUUGCA